GGUAUAUUGCAUUACUAUUACUACCUGCUGCUGGCUGGGUGCUGGUUGCUGUUGAAAUUGUUUUUUAUUUAGGUUAUUAGUCAUCCGCCCUUUCUUUUCUCAUUUUAUGUUUUCUAUGUAGUAUGCUUUUUAAAUUAAAUGUAUGUCACCGAAGAUUGUUACUUUAGUAUGUGGUAACUAUACCUUUUGUUAUCAAGCAUAAUCUUAAACUUGCAACGAAUACUCUGAGAAUUUGACAGCAUUAUAAGAUGAUUCACUUAAUACUUUUUGGUUUAGUUUUCUACACUUCACAUGUGAUGUCAGUUAAGUCCCUAGAGCUUGCAGCACCGUGUAGUGAAGGAUUUUCAUCAAAAUGUUUGUGUGGUGAUAUUGAAUAUCUAGGCAAAGUCCAGUACGUUGUAAAUUGUACAAACACACAAUUUCAGAAUGCAUCAGUAUUACAGAAUUUGCCCUCAAAAACUCAGGUAUUGAUAUUUACGGGAAACAACAUAAAUGAGUUGCCGAUGAAUGUCUUUGGAACAGCAAACCCCUACCUGGAUUUGAAGGUUGUUGACAUGUCGAAUAAUAACAUUCGAGAUAUCCGUGGGAAGUCAUAUCACCGAGUCUCCAAUGUGGAGAGGCUCAUCCUGAAUCACAAUCAGAUUUCUAUCUCCUCAAAGGAGCCAAGUCACCAUCAUCCACGUGUGUUCUCAAACUUUGUGAAUUUGCUUGAACUGCACUUGACUGAUGCAUUUGCGGAUAACACUCCAGACGACUUAGCAUCUGAUUUACAUGACAUUUUCGUCAACAGCGAGCUACAAGAAUUACGUAAAUUACAUCUAGAACAAAACAAAAUUUCAAAAUUUAAGGAUACAAAAAUGUUUUGUGACUUACCUAGUCUACAAGAUCUUCAUCUUGGUCAGAACAAAUUGACUGGCAUUCAUUUUGAACUGGAUUGUCUGCCUCGCCUGCGGUUCUUAGAUCUGGAGUUUAACAACAUACAACAUUUGGAUAAAGAAGAUCUUGGAGUGUUGGACAAGUACACACAUUCUCAUAAUCACUCUCUAACCAUUGAUCUGUCAAAUAACACACUCAGUGGGGACUGUGAUACUCUGUACUCUUGGGUUCAAACUACAAAGGUGACUGUCCGCAACAAGGAAAGGUUGCACUGCCGAGCAAGAACUGUGUCGGCACCUCAGUGUCCCUUACUUCUGGCUGCUCCUGCCCCUGCCCCCACCCACACUGGUACAGAACUUUUCCUCUUCAUAGCUUUGUGUUUCACUCUUGCUCUUCUUGCCUACACCAACUGGAAACCUAUAGAGGCGCAGAUGAAACCUUUAACUGAUGCCUUAUCUCGAAAAGUCCAUUACACAAAUCUUGGAAAACAAGAAGAUCAAGAGAUUAAUGUUUAACAAUUACUCUAUGAUUUCUUUUUCAUUUGUAGUUUUAUCUAAGAGUAGUUUAUACACUGUAAUGAGAUUAAGGAUUUUAAAUCCAGUCAUAAUGUUGUUUUAAUCCGUAAUAACAUUUUUUUUAAUUGAACCUAAUAACGGUUGAUAAAAAUGUAUGUGUGUCUUAUUUUACCAUUUGUUUAGAACGAUGGUAAACAAUGGCUCUUAUCAAGACUUGAAUUAGAGUUUAAGAUCACUGUGAUAUCAUAUGCCUUCCACUUACAUUUUAAGACUGGCUUUUGUCGAUUAUUUUAUAAUGGUUAUAUUUCAGUAUUUGCAUGCAUUCAGGCAGCUUUAUUAUAGCCUUAGUGAUUGUUUUAUAUAUUGAAUAAAUACAUGUGUACUUUUUUGUAUUAAAAAUUUAAACUCAGGAAUCAAAGCUCAGUUGUUCCUUCAAAAAAUUAUAGAUAUAUAAAAAAAGAUGUUGUUGUUUUAUAAGAAUGUAAAGUGUUUUAUAAGAAGUGUUUGAUAAAACCUUGUAUAAGUAUUUCCAAUACUUAAUUUUUCCUCAGCCACAUACUGUACAUAAUAAACUCACAAUUCAAUUUAAAGACUUGUAAAUGUUUCUCCAAACAAUAUGACACAUUUAUGUACAGUCUAGUAUACACACUUACCAAGUUAAUACCAUUGUUAAAAUUGUAAAUUCACCUUAUGUUAUGUUUAAUUUUAUUGUCUUGAGCUUAUUAAUAAAGACAUAUUUAUCCUCAAGAACUGACUUUUCAUCUGAAAAAUAAAUUAAGAAGAUGAAAAACUGGCAAUCAAUAGACACUGUUCAAAGUAUGAUUUUCAGCAAUGUUUCUGAGAAUUUAUUAGUAUCAAACUGUAAAAUUAAAAAUACGUUAACAAUUAUUAGUGUUUUUGUGGGCUGAAGAUGAAUACAAACCAAAUUCUCAGUCCCUUUUUUGGAAUGAAAUUUUAUCCAAACAACACAAUGAAACCUUCAAACUACUCAGACAUAUUUAAGGCUUGACUAGUUUAAAGUACUUAAACGCAUGUUUUUGGGUUAUAUUUAUCUAGGAGUAAAAAGCAAAUAAAUACUAAAAAGUAAUGCACCGGGAGAAAAUGUUGUCAAUGAUACUAUUAUAAAAACACAACCUUAGUAUUAUAUGAAAUUUUAUAAUGCCAGCAAAUACAGAAAGCAUACAUCAUUAGCCGAGAAAAGAAUAUUACCUGCAAGUACUCUUGGAAAAAUACCAAUUGAUUUAUUAAUAUUACAAAAUGUAAAAAAUGUAACUACCGUACUAUUCACUUUCGAAUAAUUUUUUUAAACAUGAGUAAUUUAUAUGUAGUAGUAUGAUUUAUUAUUUCGUUUCAAUUCUAAAAGUAUCAAAACCUGUGUUACAGACUACUAAGUUAUCCUUGUUUGUUUUAUGUUGUACCAUAAUAAUAUAACAUCGGAUUGUUAUGAAUACAAUGAAAUAUAUACUGUACAUUGUCUUUUUGUAAAUUACAAGUCACAGUUUAUGAUAGGGUUUUAAUCCUUUUCGUUCCUUCUUGAUAUAGUUGUAACUCAGAGAAAUGAAUUUAAAGAAUUCAAUCAAUGUCUUUCUAAGUUAUUUUGGGAAAUACAUAAAUGCCUUCCCAUGCAUUUCAGCCAUGUUAAAUACUUAACCACCAAUUACUUUAUUACAUGAGGAAAAAGGAAGUGUUGAUAUUAUUUUACUUAAUGUAUUAGAUAUAAUAACUAAUAUAGCUUAGAAAUACUACCAACUAAAACAUAUGUUCAAAUAAAGUAAUCUAUAAUUUAAACUAUUAAAAUAUACAAUUUGGCCAUAACUACUUAAAUUUAAAAAUCUAUUUUCAAAAUUUUGUUUAAUUAAUAAUGAUUUAAGAGAUUAAGGUUUAGAUUUGAAUUUUUUAAUGUUUUUACAAUAUUAGUUUUAUUAUUUUCAGCGUAUAAGAUUAGAUUUUAUUUUAAUAAAAUAAUUUGCAACAUCUGUUUUUACUUAUUUAUGUUAACAUGACGUCCAAAAUUAUCUAUUAUAUUGUUUGUAUACAAAAGUAUUUAUAAGUACUUAUUAACAUAUAGUUUCUAAAAUAUUGCAUUUAUAAGUUAAUAUAGAAAAUUAUAUUGUGUAAUUCAGUGUGUUCAUAAAAACCCUUACAAGUAUUUUGGACAAAAUUCUUUGUGUAAAAGUAAAGAGAUAAGUUCCUAUGAAGGGCCUAUCAAGUUUAUGUUUAUCAGCCUCUCUGUAUAUAUUAAAAAAAAAAUAAAACUUGUUACCUAAAAACCACUCACACAAUAGCAUGGCUAUUGUGACAAAGUGAUUGUUUAAAAUAUUUUUCCUCGUUUUAGAAAAGCUUGUAGGAACAGGCUUGCCUGAUCCAUUUUGUUUGCAUUUAAUUCAACUUGAGACAAACUCAAAAGCAUACACUAGAAAAGUUUUUGGAUUGCGAUAUCGAUUUUUUUUUAGUCAGGAAGUGAAGUUGUUAAUAUACAGUAAAUAUUGCCAGCCCUUACAUUCUGUAUGCAAUGUUUAUUUGUCAUUGUAAAACGUUUUAUCAUCUGUAUAUAAUAAAGAAUAAGCAAAUCUGCUGAGAUGUUGUUUUGGGUUUACAGGUGAGUAAUCUGAAGUUUAGGGCUUAAAUUAAGCUUAACAAUUUAUGACAAACUGCUAGGACAAUUAUAAUCUUCUUAUUAACCCUUUUGAGUGCCAGGUUCACGGCCAUGCUGUAACACCUCUAUGCUGAGUUUAUUUGUACAAUCAUACAAAAUUAUUACAAAUAUGUUUAUUCAGAGUGUAACUCAAUGUAGAAACAAUAAUAUUUAAUAUUUAUUGUUGUCAUUAUUUCUACUAGUUCUUGCCAUACCAACUAAAAAAUUAAACAAAAUAAAGGAAGGUAAAACACUCAUUGUGAAACUCAUUAAAUUCCUUGUAUGUUAUAAACAUUCACCAUAUGCUUUAUAGACACUAAGGUGCAGUACCAAUGAAGCACUGUUACUGUCACGUUCUUUUAGUUCAAACAAACACUGCUACAGUCUCUACUUUUUUCAAGUUAUAGCAAUCAGGCAGCCAUUGGAACUGGUACCACAACAUAGCUAAAUGUUGAACAUAAAUAACAGUUUAACAGUCUUGCUGUAACAUAACAAACUGUGUUUUAUGGCCUUAAAAGUGGCAAUAUUGUAUACUGUUUUCACUCAAUAUAAACGUUCAAUGGCAUUUUUAUAAACAAAUCCUUAUUUUAGUGAAUUCAAGUAUUAAAAAAAGUUCUUGUGUGUAAAUUUGUGUUUGUCUCUUAUUUUGAAACUAUAAUCCUUUUGUAAUAUUAGAUGGAAAUGUAUUCUUUAAACGGAAUCAAUUGCUUUUAUUUGCUUGUAAAGUUCCAGAUGUUAAAGUUGCUGCCAUAAAAUCUCUAGUAAAUCAUUAAAGUUAAAACUAAACAAUGGUCAGAUAACUGACUUAAAUGUAAUGAAUCACCUUAUGUGCCUUAUCAGUUAUGUUUUUUUUUAUAACUUUAAUAUUCCAUAAUAUUUGUAUAAUACUAGAAUAUGUAACAUGUAAUACUAAAUACAAAGCACAUGUACAUGCUGCCUGCUAUCCUUUUUUAUAGUACUCUACAUUUUCUUCUUUGUAGAACAUCUUUUUUAAUUGUUUCCCCUUGUAAAUUGAUUUGGUAGAAUGUUUUCUGUUAUUUAAUUACGAUCAAGGGGAAAAUUUCCGUCUGCUAUUGGUAGAAAAUAUUAAUUGGUUCAUAUUGGUUGAAUAAUUUUAGAUUUACUUUACUUUCCAUCCAAAAAUUUUGAUAGUAGACUAUAUGAUGUUAGUCAUAUUAAUUAAAUGUAGUUUUGGUAUAAAUGUAUUUUCCCUCUGGUUAUGUUUAUGUAAUGGGCAUGUAUAUUUUAUAUUUACAGUUUAUUCUGUUGUAUUUUAGUUUAGGACAAAACAUACUUAAGAGUAUGACACUAACUAUUAACGCAUUAAACAAAAUCGUUAACACUGCAUAUUUAUUUACAAAAUGGUAAAUAAUUUGUUUUGCCAGCUAAAGCAUAAAUAUAAUUAAGAUACAAUGUCUCACUGAGAGAGUCCAGUGUCAUCUUGGAUAGUGAUUAUUCUCUUAUGCAUUAUUACUUGUAGUUAUUUUAUGUACAUUUUGUUAAUCAUUUUAUAAAUUAAUUGUAUUAACUUGUUUUAAGUUUGUGAUUAUUUGUUUACUUAGAUAUAACUCCUCGUAUGAAAUAAAUUAUUUACAUUUAUGAAUUUUUCCUUGAUAUAUUAUUUAAACAUAUUAACGAUUUUUGUUACUUCCAGCAUUGUCAUUGAAGGAUGAUAUGUUUACUUUAUAUGUUAAUAUUAAAACUAAUUGCUUAAUAA